UUGGACUGAAGCGCCCACACGGUUUCCGGACGCUGCGCGCGCUGGCACAGAGUGGCGGAGGAGCUGAGCGUGGAUGUGAGAAGAGCGCACGGGAACACCGCGGUCAUUCCUUAGUGUGAUGAACAUAUAGGACACUUGUUUUUUUUCAGAAUAAUCUGAGACACAGAGGAGAAAACAUUUUUCAAACGCGAUUUUUUUGGGGGAAUUGCUUCUUUUAUUAUUUCUAUCUGAAAGGUGUUUAAGUUGAAAAUGAUACCACACUGCUCCAUCCUGCUGUUGCUAUGUGCGGCCCAGCUGCUCUCCCCUUCCUCAGCGCUACCCUUCGAGCAGAAGGGCUUCUGGGAUUUUGCAAUGGACAGCAUGGACAGCGGUGGCAUAAUGGCGAUGAUGAGGGAUGAGGAAGAAGGUUCAGCUACGGGGGAGGUCCUUCCCCCUGACAUACACAUCUGCCCAUUUGGCUGUCACUGCCGCCUCAGGGUCGUUCAGUGCUCUGACCUCGGUUUGACAGAGGUGCCAAAAAAUAUUCCUCAAGACACCAAGUUUCUGGACCUGCAGAACAACUAUAUCAGUGAACUGAAAGAAGAUGACUUCAAAGGCCUGACACACUUAUAUGGUCUGUCUCUGAGGAACAACUUCAUAUCCAAAGUCCACCCCAAAACAUUUGUCCCCCUGAAGCAAAUGCAGAAGCUCUACUUCUCUAAAAACUAUCUGACCACCAUCCCUAAGAACUUGCCAAAUUCCCUGGUUGAGUUGAGGAUCCAUGAGAACCGUAUCAAGAAGGUGGCUGCUGGAGCCUUCACAGGACUGGUCAACAUGAACUGCAUGGAGAUGGGAGCGAACCCCAUCCACAACAGUGGAUUUGAGCCUGGAGCCUUCAAAGGACUGAGACUGAAUUAUCUGCGUAUAUCAGAGGCUAAACUGACAGGAGUCCCCAAAGAUCUCCCAGAGACUCUCAAUGAGCUUCAUCUGGACCACAACCAGAUCCAGGCUAUCGAACUGGAGGACCUGAGCCGCUACAGAAACCUCUACAGGUUGGGUCUUGGUUUUAACCACAUCCGAAACAUUGAGAAUGGCAGUCUGUCCUACCUGCCCAGGCUGCGAGAGCUGCAUCUGGAGAACAACCGCCUCUCUCGUGUUCCUAAAGGCCUCCCGGACAUGAAAUACCUACAGGUGGUGUACCUGCACUCUAACAACAUCAACCAGGUGGGUGUGGACGACUUCUGCCCUCGAGGAUUUGGGAUGAAGAGGACUUUCUAUAAUGGCAUCAGCUUGUUUGGAAACCCUGUCAACUACUGGGAGGUUCAACCCGCGACAUUCCGCUGUGUCAGCCAACGGCUGGCUAUUCAGUUUGGAAACUACAAAAAGUAAAGACAGGAAGUGGCAGAAAACGUAAUGGAAGAUGAUGGAGGAGGAGAUAAUUUAAUUGGGAGAGGGAGAGAGAGAGAGAGAGAGAGAGAGAGAGAGAGCGUAAAUAUUGCAAAAAGAUUUUUUUAACUAGUUUUUUCUUUUUCUUUUGGAGGGUGGAUAAUGGAGAAUGGUGGGUGGAGAAAAUAGGCAAUAAAGCAGUCAAAACUACAGCGACACAGCUUGAAGGGAAUGGAAACCAAAGGGCUUGCAGUAGUCUACCUGCAGUUGUUUUAUAUAAAGGGAAAAAAAAUUUUUAUUGAAGUGUGGCUGUAUGAGGUACCCAUACUGUACAGUCAGUGCUGACUGCACCAUGUUAUUUGUCAUUUUGUGACAAAACCCUUUUCCAUUCACUUAUGUGGUGAACCAGGCAGCAGCCCCCGUGUUCCUGUGAGCAAAAACACACAUUUUCUCCAUGGACUUUUAUGAGUUUUCGCUUUUAAAAGAGAUACAAACCUCCCAGUCAGAAAAGGCUCUUUAACACUGAGACAAGGCAGUAGACAUAUUGUUAAGAUGAUGACCAGGUUUUAUCAAAUGAGCUAUUUGUGAACAGCCAUGUGCUCACUGAGGGUGAGUGUGCAGAGUGCAGCCAGUGCUGACUAUGUUUCAGUGCCUCAUACAACCACAUUUCAAAAAAAAUCUGAACCAUCGCUUAAGGGUUCAGUGUGUAAAAUUUAGGUGGAAUUAUUUUUCAUUUAGCAGAAAUUGAAGGUGAAAUAAUCAUACUUGUUUUUUUUAAGUGUAUAAUCACUUGAUCUUAUGAAUUCUUGUUUCAUAAGCCUUUUUACAAUAGCCCCCAAUAGACAAACUAAACAUCUUUUGAGUUUGAUGUUAACUGAAGGCUACUUGUAAGGGAAGGGUGAGGUGAGGGAUGUUCAGCUGCAACAUGCAACCUCAACAAAAGAAAUGGUGCUAGAUUUUACACAUUGUACCUUUAAGGCUAGAGUGAGUUUUAGCAUUUGAAAAAGAAAGAAGCAGAGGACACUGAAGAAGAAGAAGAAUGUUUUCCCAGUCUAAACAAGUAUUGAAAACUUGAGUAUUUCAUGUCAUUUUUUAUUGCAAUACCGCAUUUCUUUUUAUUUUCAUUUUAAUGCAAUGAUUCAUAGAUAUGUAUUAUAUAAAUAGGUGCUAUGAGUGACUUUCUUCGUGUGAUCAAAUUGCAUUGUCCCUGUUUUAUUUGGCAUAUAGAAAAUCAAUUGCACAUCAGCUAAAUUGUAUUUUUUUGUAAAUAUGAUGUGUUGAUUUAUUAAAAGGUGAAUGAAUACAGUUUAAAAAUUCCCUGAAAAUCUUUUCUCAUCUAGCUGAUGAGUGACUGAAGAACCAUUCUAUUCCGUGCCUUGACUAAACAUUGUUUUUUUUCUGUAUGUUACUUUAUUAAAGUGUUCCUUGCGGGACCACUUAGGUUGUGAGGUUUCCCCCAAAUAGAGAAAAUGUACAUCCGCUUUGCUUUUAUGCAAUGAAGGCAGUUUUUUUUUUAUUCUCAUAGAGCUACAAACAAACAGUCAUAAUGUUGAUUCAUUGAUUUGCACAGUUUUUGUUUCUUUUAUGCUUAAUCUGCUUCAAGGGUUUUGGUGGAGGUCAUAUCCAGUUUACAUUGGCAGAUGUAUGUGGAACUACUUUUGCAAUAAGUAUUGUGUUCUGUCUCUGUUCUGUAAUCAGACAAGCUACUGCUGCAUGUGAAUAAAAACCUUUUUGAGCCUAAUGCAUUAAGACAGAAGGUAGCACAAUAAAUUAAAGAGAAAUAUCAAAAAAAUGGAAAUGGGUUUUAUGACUGAAUCCUGUCUUUGUAAUGAAGAGACAUUUUCAACACA